AUGGAGAAUGAGGGCCAGCUUAGGAGCCCCAUGACACGCAAUAGACGCAAUACUUUGACCCUCUCUCACCGCUCCGAGCUCUCUUCAACGGGACCUCUGACUUCAGAAGAUGCCUCCACUAACGGCGAUCCAUUCGAUAAUGUCGUGCAAUCUCAUCCGCAAGAGCACAACAGUCGAGAGGCGUCGGCCGAGUCCGAGCGAACCAAUGAACAUUUCACUGAAUCCGAAGACGAGUCCCAAGACGGCUCUUUAGCGACCUCUGCCCCUCCAUCGCCAUCGCGUCAUUGGUUUCUUCCUUUCGAAGUACCCACAAUACCAGUUUUGUGGAGAAACGUUCUUAAAUGCGGCGUGGCGUAUACUCUCGCCUCUCUCUUUACGUUUUCACCAUACCUCUCUGGAUUCUUCAGUGAUAUCGCCACACAUGGAUCGGGGAACGGCCUCCCAACACCCACUGGUCACAUGAUAGCCUCGAUCGCUGUAUACUACAACCCAGCGAAAACCAUGGGUGGAAUGAUAGAGGCUGACUCGUACUGCUCGAUUGCGUUUCUUUAUGCAGCCUUCGUUUGUUUGGGAAGCAUGUCCAUGUUCUGGUCCCUCGAGGUGCAGGGGUGGCUAGGGCUUGGUGACGCUCUCGUCAUUUUGUGGAUCGGACUCAGCAUGUGGGGCCUCACUUGGAUGAAGGUUUGGAUGGCUAAACCCACAUUUAAUUCGGCGUGUACCAUGGUCGCAAUCAUACUAUUUGUUGUAAUCGUCAAAGAAGGAGGCUGGGAAACCCUCCUGCAAGUCUUCUCGGUCGUGUUUGUCGGCACUUUGAUAUCAAACAUCGUGUGUUUCGCGCUAUGGCCCCAAAGCGCUACAGAAAACCUCCAGUUAAACAUGACGAAGACCUUGGAUUCAUUUGCCACCCUGCUUGGCAUGCUCACAAACACCUUCCUCCUUGAGGAGCCCAUUCGCCAGCCCAGCCAGGAUAAAAUUCACAAAGCGGUUGAGAAUCAUCAGGCAAGUUUUACGAGUCUCAAAAAGAACUUGGGAGAAGCCAAGUCGGAAUGGUUCAGCGGUCUGCGUGGACAGGGAGGGAAAGCAUACGAGGACGCGGUUGAUAGCCUCACACGUCUUGCCCAACAUCUGAAUGGCCUGAGGAGCGGUACUCGACUGCAGUACGAACUCGCGAAGGCUUAUGGCGAGGGACGCUUGACGUUGAAGCGACACAGUCAAACUGGCGCAAAGGAGCGUGAUCCAAGCGGUUAUCGUUCUCCAGAGGGGAAGAGGGGAAUGUCUGAUAGUGGUUUGGACACGAGAGACGAUAUGGAUGAGGUCUUACUACAAGCUGCGGCGGAUAUGUUUGGGGACUUAGUCGACGAUCUGGGUCCUCCGCUAAAAGCACUAUCAAGAACCUGUACUACAAGCUUCAGACGUUUACGCGAGGCAUUUGCGCAGAGCAACCGCGUCCAAAGGGAAACUCCGUUUCAACCUCAUGAUUUUCACGUUUUAAUUGACGAGAUCGAACGUGCACUCUUUGCCUUCGAGAGUACCUCGAACCAUGCUGUUAUGCGUUUGUACAAAAGGAGCGGUUUUGCUGUCCCGUCUUCAGGGAGUUCAUUCGAUUCUUCGGUCCACGAGGAGAAUACGAUUCUUACGAACAGCGAACAUGAGCACAUGUUUCUUCUCUAUUUUUUCAUUUUCACAUUGCAAGAGUUUGCUGGAGAGCUCAUUUCUCUCACGGACGCCAUGCGCAGGAUAUACGCAGUCCAACAAGUCAGGGCAGGUGCUUUGAGCUGGUUCAACCAAUAUAUAGUUCACGGCCCGUCAAAACUUUUAUCUGCGAUGCGAUUGCGUCGACUAUUUUUCCCCAAAGUCCAACCUCACGCUCCGAACACGAUACAAACGCCCCACCCCGCGAAUCUCCCCUUUUUUGGUCGCAUGAAGCGCGCACUUUGGGAUUUGGGUGCAAUUUUGAAAGAGCGCAAAUUGAAGUAUGCGUUUAAAGUGGGGAUGUCUACUGCUAUUUUGGCUGCGCCUGCGUUCUUUGAGAGUACGAGACCAAUCUUCACGGAUUAUAAGGGUGAAUGGGCGUUAGUUUCUUUCUUUGCGGUCAUGUCGCCUACGAUUGGAGGAACUAAUUUCCUCAGCAUCCAUCGUGUACUCGGUACUCUUUUUGGAGCUGCCGUAGCAGCUGUAAUUUACAGUCUUUUCCCCGAAAAUGCAAUCGUGCUGUCGAUAUUUGGCUUCUUUUUCUCGUUGCCUUGUUUUUACUACAUUCUCGCGGCUCCGGAAUAUGCGACGACAGGGAGAUUUGCUCUUUUGACGUAUAAUUUGACGUGUCUUUAUGCGUACAACCUUCGACAAGCCGAUGCAUCUGUGCUCGAUAUUGCGUUUCAUCGCUCGACUGCGGUCAUUGCUGGUGUUAUCUGGGCUGCGAUCGUGUCUCGUUUCUGGUGGCCUUCAGAAGCGCGAAGGGAGCUAAGUAAAGAGCUGGGAAACUUUUGUCUGAAUAUCGGAUGGCUAUACACCCAUUUGGUAGCAGCCAACUCAGGCAUGGUCCGCGUCGAAGAUGAUGACAUGGACGAAGACGAGCCCGAGAUGCAGCCUUCAGACGAGGCGGUGUCGCUCUUGCCCAAGUCCGCCAAAGCCAAGCUUAGUAAAUCUAUUCAGGAAUUCAUGGCUAUGGAAUUGCACCUCCAGAGAAAGCUCAUUGAAUUACAAGGUCUUCUGGCUGAGACACAGCAUGAGCCUCGGUUGAAGGGACCCUUCCCUAUACUCCUCUACCGGUCGAUUUUGACGAGUCUCCAGACCAUCCUGGAUAGGUUGCACAGCAUGCGUUGCGUCACUACUCGAGAGGAGUGGAUCACGUCCGUAAGGAUGGACUUCAUUCUACCCGUGAACAAAGAGCGAAGAGAGAUGGUUGGCAACAUCAUUCUGUAUUUCUCCACGCUUGCAUCCGCUUUUCGUUUGAAAGCCCCAUUGCCGCCGUACCUCCCACCAGCUGAGGCAUCGAGGGAGCGCCUGGUCAACGCAAUUCGGAAAUUGGAUAUAGUGAGAAACAGAGAUGUGAAAGCGUCGCGACAGCUGCUUUUCUUUGCGUACGCUCUUACUAUGAAGGGCGUCACUCAGGAGCUGGAGUAUCUUGGGCGUACGCUGCAGACUGUUUUUGGUGUGAUUGGACAUAGUCCGGAAGAGUUUGAGGCGAUGUUUAUGGAGCCGAGUGGGAGUGUGGAUCAAGUUGCGGAUGUUGUUUGA